CCAAUGAUGGCCACGAAUAAGGUCAAAAAAAACACCGUACCCGCUGCGCCACAAUGUCUCCGAUCACCUCCUCUCCCGGUCACCGCCAGUGACCACGAACCCUAACCCUAACCCUAAACCUAACCCUAAUGUGGUGGCGCUCCUCGUCGCGCGCGCUCCUCAGGGCCCUGGCGGGGGCCCCGGCGUGCCCUAGAGGGCGCCGAUGGGGGGCGGAGCGGCCGAUCCGACGACCCUGGAUUCACCUCACCUCCCUCUCCUCCUCCUCCUCGUCCUCGGCGUCGCCGGCGAGCGGCGGCGGAGCGGGGGAGGAGGUGACGACGGCGGAGGCGAGGAGGCUGAUGCGGCUGGUGAACGUGGAGGCGCUGAAGCGGCGGCUCGGGGAGGGGGGCGGGGAGGUUAUCGGGUACACGGAGCUUCUUGCGGCGUGCGAGGGGGUCGGGGUGGCGCGGACGCGGGCGGAGGCGGAGGCGUUCGCGCGCGUCCUCGACGAGGCCGGGGUCGUCCUCCUCUUCCGCGACAAGGUCUACCUCCACCCCGACAAGGUGGUUGUGGAUUUGGUGAGAAGAGCCGUGCCCCUUGCGCUCACACCAGAAAAUGAUCCAAGGAAAGAGGAGCUGAAGCAGCUGCAAUUGAAGAAGGAAGAGAUCGAUAAGCUUGCCCACAAGCAGGUCCGACGAAUUCUAUGGUCAGGGUUAGGGUUUCUCAUCACUCAGGUCGGGCUCUUCUUUCGGCUCACAUUUUGGGAAUUCUCAUGGGAUGUCAUGGAACCAAUAGCAUUCUUCACAACGACGACCGGCCUUCUUGUUGGAUAUGCUUAUUUCCUAAUUACAUCGCGGGAUCCAACUUACCAAGAUUUCAUGGAAAGGCUCUUCACUUCUAGACAGAAAAAGCUGCUUGAGAAGCACCAUUUUAACAUGGAGAGGUACACAGAACUGCAGAAGCAUUGUAAAAACCCUUGGGAUAAGAUUGCAGGGUGCGAGCAUCUCAGCGCAACUGAUGCUUCUCAUCUUCAACAGUUCUCUCUCUACAAAAAUUGUGAAAAUUUCUGUGCUCGGGACGAUUCAACCGCCCAUGUGAGGUAGGAAUGCGGAGCUCGUCUGCAUCAAAUGCCCAAAUUGUAUGUCUCUAAUGAUUAUCGUGCUUGCUCUACGCACAAAAAAUUCAGAUUCUUUUUUUUUUUCAAAAUGAAUGAUGUGAUCGCGGUGUGUAAAGUUAUUUUGUGCGGAGGAUUACUAUCCAAUUGAAUUCCUCCUCUAUGGGCGCGUUUGACCCAAAAAGAAUUUAAGAGUAGAAGCAUAUGG